CAGCCUCGAUUUCUUAUGUCAAAUUCAAAAGCUUUGUUUUCUACGCUGUUUACAUAGUAUUCAACUAAUAUAUUUCUUUCUUUCUUGAAUUCUGUGAUAUUUAAUAGCAUUGAAAUUAUCAAUUUGUGUAUAAAAACGAUGGCUGCUCGUUUAUGUAUAAUGAUCCAUUUGUUAGAAGAAACUAAAAAAGAAGAUGAUUACAAAAAACGACAACAAACAAGGCAGUUGCGAAAUACACGCACAAUUUUACGUGAUGUGGAUUAUAUUCGACAUUACAGACUGUCUGAAGACCUAAUUAAUAUGUUGGAAAGUGAAUUAGCACCAUAUAUGCCUGUGUGCCGCCGUUCCGGAGGUUUGUCACUCAGGCUAAAGAUAUUAUGUACUUUGUCAUUUUUGGGUAAUGGAAGUUACCAAAAACUUAUUGGAAAUAAUUUAGAUACUUUAAUCUCUCAACCCUCAGCAUCCAGAGCAAUUCAUCAAGUUAUAGAUGCGUUAAACAAUAUAAAUAUUGUCCAGAAAUAUAUAAGAUUUCCACAAAAUUCUCAAGAAAGGCAAGCUUUAAAACAAAGUUUCUAUGAAAAAUUUAAGAUCCCUGGUGUAUUGGGUUGCAUUGAUGGUACACUUGUAUCAAUGGUUCGACCUCAUCAACAUGAAGAACGUUAUUAUUGCCGAAAAGGCUAUCAUGCAAGAAAUGUCAUGAUUAUAAAUGAUGCUGAUCUGAAUAUUUUACAUGUAGAUGUGACAUUUGGAGGAGCAACCCACGACAGUUUUGUUUUUACAAAUAGUAUAAUUAAAGAUCAUCUAGAAAAACUUCAUAAUAAUGGGGAAGUAGUAUACCUGCUUGGUGAUUCUGGAUAUGCUCAGAGGCCCUACCUGAUGACCCCUUUUAAUAACCCAAACCCAGGAACGCCUGAGGAACACUACAACACUAUGCAUAGCACUGCUCGAAACAGUGUGGAAAGAACAAUAGGCAUUCUAAAAGGGAGAUUUAGAUGCUUAUUAGUUCAUAGAGUGUUACAUUAUGACCCCACAACAGUUUCAAAAAUAGUAGUAGCUUGUUGUGUCCUACACAACAUUUGUAACCGUGCAGGAUUAUCUUCUCCAACUUUAGCCUCCACAGACUUAGAACAGGAAAAAAGAAUACUUGGCACAUUGAGACAAGCUCAGUUGUCUCAAGACAAUGUAGCCACUGGGCGCUUAUGUAGAGCACAAGUAGUGCGUCAAUUAUGGCGUGCUCGUCAUAUGUAACAAAGUUUUUGUAUGCAUAAUGACACCACUGGUAUUGUAGGUCGGUAUAAACUAUAGUAACUAUUUCCUAUUAUGUGGUCCAUGCACCUGAUGACUAUUGAUGUAUAAAAAUAAUUAAGUGUUAAAAUAUUAUAAAUCACUCAAUUUGACUCAAUUACCCAUGCAAUAAGUUACUUAUUCAUGUCAAUUUAUUAUUGUUAAAUUAAUCUAAUACAGUUUAGGCUGACAAACAAUAAUCUCUUUCACAAUCAUGAUUGUAAAACUUAAGACCUUUAUGAUAUGGUCAUUAGAUAAAAAUGUAAUGAAAAAGAAAAUAAUUUCAUGUUCUUUUAUUUUUCAGGUGACUAGAACCCUUCUAAUAGUGUAAACCCUUGGACUCUCACCAUAAUAUCAAAAUCCACUGAUUGCUGUCUUAUUUGUGAUAUGCAUAUUCAUCUAUACCAUCUCACAGAUCAAAGAAGCAGGAAAGAAAAUGCAGUAGUCUUAAGACUAUUUAUAUUAUGUUUUUUGUACUUUAUAUUACAUACUUUUCAUUUUUAUUGUAGCUUUUUUGUCUAAUCGUAUGUUAAAUAUUAAUAAUAAGUAGUAAAAUGUACAUCCAUUUCAUAGUACAGCAAAUUAAAUUUAAACAAGCUGACAUACUUUUACAUUUAUAAUAUUAUGUACAUAUGCAAUAGGGAAUAUGUAUAAAUAUUAUUUAUAUAAACUUAAUUAAAGUACUUUAUU